UCAUUCUGCAUUUUCCUUGUGCAACAGGUUAAAAAAGUGACCCUACAGAAGAGGGGUGGGUGGUUCAGGGGUGGACACAUCACCACUUCCGUGCGCAAGGGUUCAAAGAGACCCCGGGUUAGCCUCCCUCAAGUCCCAUGGCCCCAUAGGGCCCCGCGGGUGGCUGACCACUGCCGGCCUGCGCUGGGAAAGGCGCAGGAACAGGGACAGCAGCUCGCCGGGGGUGGACCCGGCCCCCUUGCCACGCCUCCCCGGACAAGCCGCGGCUCCACGGGGCAGCGGUACAGCGCGCAGCACCCAGCCUGGGCCUGGGACGGAGGCUGCGGAGACCCGCGGGCAAUGGCUGGAAAAGCCCACAGGCUGAGCACGGAGGAGAGGGAGCAGCUGCUGCCAAACCUGAGAGCUGUGGGGUGGAACGAGGUGGAAGGCAGAGAUGCCAUCUUCAAAGAGUUUCACUUCAAGGACUUCAACCGGGCUUUUGGCUUCAUGACCAGAGUGGCUCUACAGGCAGAAAAACUGGAUCACCACCCUGAAUGGUUCAAUGUGUACAAUAAGGUUCACAUCACCUUGAGCACCCACGAGUGUGGAGGCUUAUCGGAGCGAGAUAUCAACUUGGCCAGCUUCAUCGAGCAGGUUGCAGCUUCGCUUUCCUGACCAGAGAGAGAGAAGCCAGAAAUCAGCUGUGCUGCGGCCACAACCCAUCUCACCUGGGCAGUUGUACGUAAAGCCUUCUCCCAUUUCCAUGCUAGUUCCUGGACCCAGACUGCUCAACACCCUACUAAGCUCCCGGCCACAGCUCAGGUGGAUGGAGGCACUUCUUGAGCACCAUGCAAAUAUCCAUCUCUGAUCUUGCAACUUCCAUUCUUAAACCCCUUCUUAGCUGUGUGCUACCAGCCCCCACACUGCUGAGCCUCUGGGGCUUUCAGCGGACCUGCCUUUAUGAGGAGUCAUGUUACACAAUUGUGCCAGUAAAUCUUUCCAGAGUCUCACCCCAUCCAGGCACUGUGUUAUUGCUUUGUACUUGCUGGAAUAUGCUUUCAACCUAAAACACAGUAUGCAAACCCUUUAGUUUCUCUGUAACAUACCAGAAACUGUGAUGUGCAAUUUGGUUAUUACUAUAACCUCCCUCUAGCAGUAUUAUAAGCAGGCAUGUGAUCUCACCCCUAUUGUAACCAGCCUUGAGUAGGAUACCAGUUGAAAAUGUUUACAAUAAAUGUCUUGGUUAACCUGA